UUGGGGGGAAGAAACCUAGAGGCCUUUUUAUUGAGCCUGUUGUUUAUCUGCUGGUCACAAGCAGGCCCUCACCAUGAUCAGAAUCCCAGCCACCUUCUUCAUCUGGACUCUGAUUGCUUGCAGUAGUGGUGGCCAUGGUGGGAGUGAAGAUUGGCCGGUGCACAGGGCCUGCAGCAGUGAUGGCUUGGAGGUUCUCUACCGGAGCUGCGAUCCAUUACAGGAUUUUGGCUUGUCUAUUGACCAGUGCUCCAAACAAUUAAAACAAAAUCUCAACAUUAGAAUUGGACUCAUUCUGAGAGAGGACAUCAGAGAGCUGUUCCUUGACAUAGCUCUGGUCACUAAAGGCUCUCCAAUUUUGAAUUUUUCCUAUCCUGUCUGUGAAGAGGAUCUGCCCAAGUUUUCUUUCUGUGGAAGAAGGAAAGGAGAGCAACUUUAUUACGCGGGUCCCAUCAAUAAUCUUGGUGUAAUUAUUCCAACGGGAGAAUACCAGGUCUUGCUGGAACUAUACAAUGAAAAACGCUCCACCGUGGCAUGUGCCAAUGCAACUGUUACCUGCUCCUGACUGGCCUGGAAACUGAAUCUCAUGGGAACUCCAGGACCCCCAGACCCACCUACUCUAUAAGAGAUGACAGAAAAUGGCUCUAAGGUGAUGCUUUUUUGGAGUAUACCUGCCAAAGUCUGCUCUAGGAUCACGUGACACCAGGCUCUGUGGAUAGAAUGAGGCCUCUGGAAUGAUCCACCUUCCAGGACACUCUGGGUGGCUUCACCAGACUUCAGGGUCAUGCCUUCUCAGACUCACAUCCAUUUCACACUUGAAGAACAUUUCCCCUCAGUUUCCCAGAAUAAAACCAGGUGUCCCACAACUGUG